AUGGAUCCCGCCAAGUACGGCGGGAAGCGGCCGUUGGACAUAGAGCAGAUGCCGGAAACCCCGCAGCGGGGCUACCACCACCGCCGGGCGCACUCCGACACCUCCUUCCGCUUCGACGACCUACUCCUAUUCGACCCUUCCGACCUCGACCUAUCUUCCCUUGACCUACCGACUCCAACUCCGCCGCGCCGCGGCGCUCCGAUGGCGAUCGAUUCGCCGCCGCUCUCCGAGGACUCCACGUCCACCGGUCCCGCACCGCCGCCCAAUCCGAGGGCCAAGCCAAUCAACCACCUCCGCAGCCUGUCCGUCGACUCGGACUUCUUCGACGGGUUUGCUUUGGGUUCCGGCUACGGAGAUGAGAAGCUUGGCGGCAAAGGGAUGGGGAUUGGAGCAGGAGGCGGAGGCGGAGGCGGAGGAGAGAGGAGGGUUCACCACAGGCAUAGCAACUCCAUGGACGGUUCGAGUUGUUCGGCGUCGUUUGAAGGGGAUUCUUAUCUUAUGACUGAUGAUGGUAUUAAGAAGUCCAUGGCGCCGGACAGGCUGGCCGAGCUCGCUCUGAUUGAUCCCAAGAGAGCUAAAAGGAUUCUUGCGAAUAGGCAAUCUGCUGCAAGGUCAAAGGAGAGGAAGACCCGGUAUACCAGUGAGCUGGAGAGGAAGGUUCAUACUCUGCAAACGGAAGCUACCACCCUCUCUGCGCAGGUCACAGUGCUACAGAGGGAUACUUCUGGAUUGACUACCGAGAACAAAGAAUUGAAACUGCGGCUGCAAGCUUUGGAACAACAAGCGCACCUUAGAGAUGCUCUGAAUGAAGCACUGAGGGAGGAAGUGCAGCGCCUGAAGAUAACAGCAAGUCAAAUGCCAAAUGGAAACCCUUACCAUCGAGGUCUGGCACCCCAAUUUCCACCUCAUCAGCAGCCAGCAUUUCCCGGUGGGUUCAACAGCAGUAACCAAACCCAGCAGCAGCAACAGCAACAGGGUCUUCCACCACAGUCACCUCCGAACAAUGGGGCAACCCGCCCUAGCUUCUCGAGCUUCAGCAGCCAGAGGGUGUAG